UAAAGGCAGUGAUAGUACAAAGGAAACAUCUCAAGUGGUUUUUCUGAACUCACGGUGGCAGUGGUAUUUGAAACAUGGCAGACAUCAUUGACUGUAAUUUUCCUGUGUGGGGCCUACUGCCUAAAAAAGAAACAGGUGUCACACAAUUUCUCAAUAAAUAUCCCGAAUACGAUGGAAAAGGCGUCGUCAUAGCUAUUCUCGAUUCUGGUGUCGAUCCUGGAGCACCGGGUUUGCAGGUAACUCCGGAUGGAAAAACAAAAGUAAUUGAAAGAUUUGACUGUAGUGGUGCUGGUGACGUUGAUACAAGCAAAGUUGUCCAGGCUCCGGAUGGAUAUAUAAUUGGUAUCACAGGUCGUAAAUUAAAGGUCCCUUCAAAUUGGGUCAAUCCUAGCAAUGAAUAUCAUAUUGGUGUAAAAAAUUUAUAUUCAUUAUAUCCUGGUAAAUUAAAAGACAGAAUUACUGCCGAACGUAAGAAAAACCUAUGGGAUGAUGGACAAAAAGCUGCCCUUGCCGAAGCUUCUAGACAGUUACAAGAAUUCGAAGCAAAAAAUUCCAAAUCAAGCAAUGGUGGGGAAGAAAAAUUGGAGAAAGAGGAAUUGGAAGCCAGAGUUGAAGUACUCACCAAUGCAGAAAAAAAAUAUUCUGAUUCUGGACCUGUAUAUGACGUAGUUGUAUUCUUCGAUGGCAACGUUUGGAGAGCAUGCAUUGAUACUUCAGAAGAAGGUGACUUGGAAUCUGGUGUUUAUCUCGGAGAAUAUUCUGUGACGAAAGAGUAUGCACCUUUAACAAAAGAAGAUCAAUUAAACGUUACCAUUAAUGUCCACGAUGAAGGAAAUACUCUUGAAAUAGUUAGUUUGUGUUCAAGUCAUGGAACUCAUGUAGCUUCAAUCGCAGCAGCUUAUUUUCCUGAAAAUCCAGAAUUAAAUGGCGUAGCGCCAGGUGCUCAAAUAAUUUCAUUAACAGUUGGAGAUGGGCGUAUAGGUACUAUGGAAACAGGAACAGCUAUAGUAAGGGCAAUGAUAUACAUCAUGCAACGUAAAGAAAAAGUUCAUGUUAUAAAUAUGAGUUAUGGUGAACACGCGCAUUGGUCUAACACAGGACGAAUAGGAAGAUUAAUGAAUGAAGUAAUCGAUAAAUAUGCUAUUACGUGGGUUGCAUCUGCUGGAAAUCUUGGGCCAGCAUUAUGUACUAUUGGAACACCACCUGACAUCAGUUCAAACAGUAUUAUUAGUGUUGGUGCUUAUGUUUCACCUGAUAUGAUGGUGGCUGAAUAUUCUUUAAGAGAAAAAAUGCCUGGUAUGCCAUAUACAUGGUCUUCUCGUGGGCCCAUGAUAGAUGGUGGUGUUGGUGUUACUGUAUGUGCUCCUGGUGGAGCUAUUACUAGUGUUCCUAAUUUCACGUUAAGAAAAAGUCAACUUAUGAAUGGUACAAGUAUGGCUAGUCCACAUGUUACUGGUGCAAUUGCAUUACUUAUAUCUGGACUUCUUGCUAAGGGUUGCCCAUAUUCUCCGUACAGUAUAAAAAGGGCUCUUGAAAAUACUGCUUUAUACAUAUCAAAUUUGGAUCCAUUUGCACAAGGUUCAGGUUUAUUACAAGUUGAACGUGCUUUUGAUAAUCUUGUUACUUAUAAUGAUGCACCAGAAAGAGAUGUCAGAUUUGCAGUCAAUUGUGGCACAAAUAAUUCUAAAGGAAUUCACAUGAGAAUUGGGGUUAUUGAUCGUCCAAAAGAUUAUUCUGUUACCGUUGAACCAGUAUUUCUUGAUAGCGAAAAUACUGAUCCACAACGUAAGAUUGAGUUUAAUUUAAAAUUGACCUUGGUAUGCGAGGCAUCUUGGGUCAAGUUUCCAACGCAUCUUGACCUUAUGCAUAUGCCUCGUUCUUUCGCAAUUAAUAUUGAUGGCUCUUCUUUGCCAGAAGGUGUUCAUGCUGCAAGCAUUAGAGCUUAUGAUGUAACCAAUAUUGCAAAAGGCCCAGUGUUCCAAAUUCCUAUCACCGUAGUGCAACCAAUGGUACUGCCAAAAGCUGCCCUUCUCCCUGAUCUAACAUACACAAAUGUUUUAUUUAAAUCAAAUACAAUCCAGCGUCAUUUUAUCCUCGUUCCUGAAGAUGCCACGUGGGCAGUCCUCAAGAUAAAGAGUACAGACAAGGACAAAAAUAGUAGAUUCAUAUUUCAUAGUAUCCAAUUGAAACCACGAUUAGCUUGUAAAACGCUUGAACUUAACAAAAUGAUAGGAGUUACACCCCAAUCGGAAUGUGUACAACCAUUUGCUGUUGAGGGUGGUUUAAUCGUAGAAGUUGUACUUGCUAAAUAUUGGGCAAAUUUAGGGGACGUAUCGAUAGAUUACACAAUUGAGUUUCAUGGUCUUCGUAUAAUAAAUGGUAACUUAACGAUGCAAUCAGGCGAUGGUAUUAAUCGCUUAGAACUACGAAGUUCAAUGAGAAUCGAAGAAGUUGUACCAUGUGUUACACUUAAAUCAUCUGUACAAAUUUUAAAACCAUCGGAUUCUAAAAUACUUCCAUUACGAGCUCGUGACGUUAUUCCACCUGCAAGACAAAUAUAUGAAUUACAAUUAACAUACACAUUCCAUUCAGCAAAAGCAACCGAAGUUACACCCAAUGCUGCGUUGCUUAGUGAUUUGCUGUAUGAGAGUGAAUAUGAAAGUCAAAUGUGGAUGAUUUAUGAUUCCAACAAACAAUUAAUUGCUUGCGGUGAUGCAUACCCAUCUAAGUACACCAUUCAAAAAUUGGAAAAAGGCGAUUAUACAAUUAAGAUGCAUGUUCGUCAUGAAAAGAAAGAAUUAUUGGACAGAUUAACAGAAAUGCCAUUGCUUUUGAGUCAAAAACUCAAUAAUCCAAUAACCCUUGACGUUUAUGCUAGUCAAACUCAAGCUUUGAUCGGUGGAAAAAAAAUGGUUGCAGCAUCUAUUCCACCUGGACAUAUUUUCCCGUUAUACGUUGCACCUAUAUCUAACGAAAACAACACAGAAAACAAGCUAUCCAAAGGUGCUACUCUUGGUAGUUAUUUACAAGGUACAAUUACACUUUGUAAAGAUGAGAACGAUAAGAAAGUAGAUACUCAUACAUUUAAAUACGUAUUGUCUGAACCAACCAAAAAACAAAAUAAUUGUACGUCUAAAUCAGACAAGGAAAAAACUACUAAAUGGGAUGAAUAUACCGAAGCAUUACGAGAUUUAAAAUGCACAUGGCUUGCAAAACUUGCACCAUCCAUAAAACCAGGUGAAUAUGCAAACUUAUUGUAUGGAGAAUUGAAGAACAUAUUCUCUGAUCAUUUGCCUAUACACACUGCCAUGUUGACAUCCUUGGAUUCACCUGAAGCACGUCGUCAUCUACCUCAUGAUGAUAUAUCAGAAGUUUCGAUUGCUCUUGCCAAUCAAAUACUAGCCGUUGCUGAUAUUGUUAUUACAAAUAUUGAUCAGGAUAAAUUAUUAGCCUAUUAUGGCCUAAAGACUGAUCAACGACCUGAUGCUGCCAAAAUAAAAGCAACUAUGGAUAAACAAAAGAAUAUAUUAAUAGAAGCAUUAGUGAAGAAGGGUUGUGCAUUGGCACGACUAUAUGUUCAUGGUAAAAGUCAAGGCGAAGUUAAUGGUCCUCUUGAGCAUUUACUUGUAGGUGUUACAAACAUUUGGCAAGAAGUACAGAAAUUUGCAGAACCAACUGACACCAAGGUGCUUAUAUUAUCAUUGUGGCAUGCACAUAUUAACAAUCAUUAUGGACGUUAUUUGAAAUUACUGACACGUUUCUACGAAGAGAAACCACUCAAAGAAAUAGAUGAAAAGUGUAUAGAAAUCACAAGGGUUUUGGGCUGGAAUUAUUGGUCCCGUCAUCUAAUCACAAGCAUACCAACGCGUUAUCCAACAACAUAUAGGACAUUUUGAUCAAUAAUUUAACACAAUUGUUGACUAACAUCGUAAUAAGA